AUGCCGAAGCUCCACCGUGUUCGAGCGGCUUGCGCUCUAUGCAAGGAGAAGGAGGCGGUGGUCUACUGUUGCAGCCACGGCUGUGCGCUCUGUCUCACCUGCGAUCGGAAGGAGCAUAAAAGCGCUGUUGACUUUGGGACAAGACAGUUCAACACAAGGCGUAAUGUGAGCGCAAUGGAGGCAGUGGACUCCAAUAAAGAAGGCUCGCGAGGAAAAAUUACUGAGAAACUGCUUCGAGAAGGGCCGCCUUCUGCUUCGCAACUGGAACAGGCGAGUCGACGUGCUGAGCGUCGAGCAGGAGCGUGUGCGCAGAAGCAACUGCAGUCCGAUGUUGAAGUCGCGGCUCAGGUUGGGGCAACGGCUGAGAACAAUUCAGGUUUACCGGGCGUGACGCGGGACUGCGUGGAUGCUGCUUCCGUCGCGAAACGGUACCUAACCGACGGCCCGCAGGUGCACAGCGCACUGGAGAAUAGCGGCCUGGAUACUUGUCGCGCCGACGCGAGACCUGUGUUUCCUGUUAUUGUGCCAGCUAUCGGGGUCUCGGCUCUGACACAGCGGCCUUCGGAGAGCGUGCCAGAGCCUCAAGCAACGGAAACGAAGAACUGCGCUUUAGCCGAGAAUCCGCUGUUUUUCAAGCCUGACUCGGAGCUGCCCUCUGGGGACUCACACUGGGCGAACCAGAUUUAUAUUUCUAGUUCAGGAUCGUCGAGUGUAUCUGGUUCAGGUGAAACAGCAGAAAAGAUCAGUGACUUUCGCGAGGGCGCGCCCUCGCUGGAGACACCACCUAACGAAGGACAAUCCAGCUCUCAGUCGUCUACAUUCAGGGACGGCCCCGGCCGGACGACAAGCUCAUCGGAUUUGCAAACUGCUGGUGUACUUCCAUGUGCAUCCGCAGAUGUGCAAGCUCAUGUGCGGCAUCCGAUUGUAGCGCCCGCUGUACUCAUUCUUUGCGAUUCCUGUGGCGCCAUGCCGGCCGUCGCGUACUGCACAGAAAGGGCGCGUUUUCACUGUGAGCUUUGUAUGAAAUACGCACACGCAUCGGGCUCUGCACCGGAUGCACCACAGGAACUGCCUAUGGCGUGGCAAGUGCAGUGCAUGAAAAGUGGGAAAGCCGCCGAUGCAGACAUGAAGGGCGCCCACCGGCACGAGCAAGACCCAUACGCCUCAAGUCGGAGUCGAUGCGGGGAUUCUGGGGACAGCGGCAGUGCCGAGCGUGAACCCACAAGUGAAUCACCCAGCGGCGGUGAUCAGGGAACCUCUCAUUCCGGCAAUGGCGGCAGUAGAGAGCCGACAUCAUCGUCCCCGGCAGAGACGGCCGCUACGACGAAGCCACAGAAUCUAGAGGGUCCAAGUACUACGGCAAAGAGUGCUCAUUCGCAGCGAAAAACAUAUUCCGAUCGAGGGCUCUCGCGAUCUGUCGCUAUGAUGAUGCUUUUGGAUUGCUCUGUCGAGGUCCCGUCCCGCGGCUCCGAAGAGCUGUCUGCAGAGGGCGGCGAUGAUGCCUCAGCUGAAAGCAUCAGUGAACAAACAGACGCCGAGAGCAUGAGUCUCGGACACGAAAGCGCGCGAUCCGGGGAAUUUCGCGCAGACCCCUGUACAGAGCCGACGCUCACCUCAACUGGUUUGCCCAUCAAAUGGGCAACCGCCAUUUCCGAGGAGGAUCUUGCUGCAGCCGCUGAGCGAGCCGUUCGCGUAUUCGCCGCCUCGUCGAAUAGCAACGGCACCCGAAGCACGAGCAGUAGACACGCAAGCAGCAAUGACUUGUCUUCUGCAAUCGUGCCCGGGACAGGUACCCAUGAUGUUGCCACAGCAGCUCCAGCGGUGCAAUCUGAAGCAGCAGCAGAGGCGGCUCCGGCGCAGGUAACCGGUUUCGAACAGCCGCCUUUACCUGCCUGCUGCAUCGAUAUAACGACCACCGAUGCACGAAGAGCAAUCUCUAUCGCAAAGAAUGAACCAUUCAUCAUUGGACAGCGCUCGCGACCGGCGUAUGCGCCUUCGUCGCCUCUUGGACAGCAACCGACAUCGCAGUCUACAGGGCGCCGAGGUGGUACCCAUCAGCGCAGAACAGCGGAUGCAAGUGAAGGUGCCAAGCGUGCGCUACCGCUCAAACAUCAGGCAAACACAACUGCGAGCCGCUGGCGAAAAGGACGCGCCACCGGAAAGAACGUGGAUAUGCGCCCCGACGCCAAUCAUCCCGAAGAGGAACCGCUGGCACCACAUUUAACUGGGUUGGAUGUCUGGGGACCUCAUCCGGAGACGAUGGCGAUCAUCGACAGCAGCACGCUCGCUCAAGCUGAGACGGCCAGGGGGUUGCGCUCCAAGACAGGGGCGCCAAGGAGCGCGGAGCAAAUGCGCGGCACCGCUCUCAAGGUCGAAGGCGCUGCCAUCUGUGCGUCGAGCGCACGAGCCGCAUGCUCAGCUGAAGGCCAGGCAGUGUCCGCACCGAGGAUGCGUACCUCAGCGCGAGCUUUGGAAUCCUCGACCAGAGUGGAUAGUACGCCCCUGGUGCCUUGGCGUGAUCUAGAGGUGCAGCAGGCACCGUCUCUCUCGAAACCGCAGGUCCCGGCUUACGUUGCGGCGUGGUCUGCCUCCCCGAGUCAGCCGAGUUUGGCGGACUUUGUGGAAGCACCUCUUGAAUGCAGAAGAAGUAUCUCAAAAGCGGCAUCAGCGCAGGAGUUGCGAACGGCAUCCGGUCGAGUACCCGAUAGCCGGCAUCGCUCUUCACGGGAAACCGCCCCGGGCCUAGCAACGCGAACUUCACGGGAAAGCGCUUCGCAUCCUGCGAGUGCACAGACUGCACAUCUCGUGGAAGAAGGAGCCACGAGCCGCGGUUGUCCGGCGGGUUUGGUUCAUCUCGACGCUGGACCAAGAGGCGGGCAUGGUGUUGCCUCCAUUGCAGUGGGGACGAUCGACGGGAACCCAGCCAAACUCCGUGGCUUUGACGAUGGCACCCCAGCAGCACGUCUGAGCCCACGUUCCGGGACACCGGUUGAAGGCUCGUUCAAGAUGGCAUCUGGUGCGGGUAUUCCAGGUAGCGGAUCCUCGCAGCAGGCCCGUUAUCCGACCGUGUCGGGUUUGUCGCGUCGACGGGCAGAGUCAGCGCGCGCGAAAGUGGAUCGCUGGCUGCUUGGCGCUACCCAGCCAGCGGGUGUGCGGCGCUGCGAGUCACCCUUUCGACAGCCACAGGCAUCGUAUCGCGAAGUGGAUGUCUUGGAUCGGGCAGCAGCUGGACCUGGAGUCAUCGCGCAGCCGCAAGCGGAUCAGGGCAACGAGGACACGCUCAUGGACGACAGUGACCCGGCACUGGAAACAGGUCAACUGCGUAACCGCACUCGUGAACUCGACAAGAGCGCCGCAGCGGAGCCCGGUCAAGGCAGCGAGCUCGAUUCAAAAGCCGAGGCGGAUUUGGCCAUGGUGGAUAUGCUCGUCCCAGAUUUCAGCAAGUACGCGACGCCACUACCACAUGGAUUGAUGUCACGAAGCACACCAUCGAGCAGUAGUGGCAAUGGUGAAACCUCCAGCACCGGUGGUGGCGAUCUGGAACCGUCGCCGCUGGCUGCGAAACGCACCUUGCGUGUGGAAGUCGCGUCAGAGGAGGCUAGGCGGAUGCAUUCUCGGCUGCAACAACACAAGUCGUCAGGUAUGCUGGUGCCACGAAUGACUGCUUCCUGGUCGGCAGAAGUGAAGUCGGCGGCUCAUCGACGCCACAGCCAUGCGCAUCUAUCUUCGAAAGAUGCGGAACAAAAGCAUCCCGAUGAAACAUCAGCGUAG